CAUCUCCUCCUCUCGAUCGAGUCCAGCGCGCGUCUCCGUCCGUCCCGUGCCACCCACCACAAAAUAAGAGCUCGCCCGCUCACCGCGCCGCAUACGGACCCCACGCACUGCAGCUGCAGCAGAACAGUCAGACAUGGCCGCCGCCUCCUCCACCGUCUCCGGCCUUGCCGGCGCCGCGCUCGCCAGCCGGCCGGCUUUCUCCACCAGCUUAGCGAGGGGCGGUCGGGUGUCGGCGAGGAACCCCCUGAUGACGAGGAACCUGGAGAGGAACGGCAGGAUCACCUGCAUGACGUUUCCCCGGGACUGGCUGCGGAGGGACCUGAGCGUGAUCGGGUUCGGCCUCAUCGGGUGGAUCGGGCCGUCCAGCGUCCCGGUGAUCAACGGUAACAGCCUGACGGGGCUCUUCUUCUCCAGCAUCGGCCAGGAGCUCGCCCACUUCCCCACGCCCCCGGCGGUCAACUCCCAGUUCUGGCUGUGGCUGGUGACGUGGCACCUGGGGCUGUUCAUCUUGCUCACCUUCGGCCAGAUCGGGUUCAAGGGCAGGACCGAGGACUACUUCGAGAAGUGAAGCGGUUGAGCUCGACGAACUGCGCGUGCCGCAUCGAACCUUGCUUUGUAUAGGGCACCGAUUUGGUUUAAUGUGUGAUAGAUGCUACUUUUAUUAUGAGCUCAAUGUAAAUCUAUCCCCUGCGCGCUUUGGGUUGAUUUGAUGAAUCUAGCUAGCCUUUGCUGUCUGAUA